GUGUGUGUGUGUGUGUGUGUGUGAAGUGACGAGUGUGUGUGUCUGCGUGCGUGGUGAGUGUUGACCCUCCGAAAGAAGAUGGCAGACUACCGGGAGGACACCGGAGCGAGAGCCCUGCUCGCCCUCCAGUCGGCCCCAUGCAGCCCGGUGCGGGUCCCGGUGACCUCGCACAUCUACCGGCAGCCUCCGCUCGGCCUGCCCGGUCCCCCGCUGCUGGAUCCCCGCGGGCCCGGAGGAGGAGGACUGCUGCCCCUGCGCCUCGUCGCUCCGCCGGGCCGGGCCCUCGCCAGGCUGGAGGGCCGGGACUUCGAGUUCGUCAUGCGGCAGAGGACGGUCACCAUAGGCCGGAACUCGUCCCACGGCUCCGUGGACAUCAACAUGGGCCACUCGAGCUUCAUCUCCCGGCGACACCUGCAGAUCAGCCACGACGAGGCGGCCGGCUUCUCGCUGCGCUGCCUGGGCAAGAACGGCGUGUUCGUGGACGGGGUGUUCCAGCGGAGGGGGGCGCCGCCGCUGCCGUUACCCAGAGAGUGUGUGUUUCGUUUUCCCAGUACAGUCAUCAAAAUCCAGUUCAUGUCCCUCCUGGAACCCGAGGAUCACAGAGAGCACCCCUCUCCCCCCCCUCGUCCGCUCCUGCCCCACAUUUCCCCUCUGAAGAUCACCAUUCCCACAAUGCAACAGCAUGAAGACCACAUCAGGGCGUUUGGAUCUCCGCUGCCGUCGCCCACCGGCACCCUCAGUGUUCCUAACUCCUGUCCAGUCAGCCCCCGUGGAGCAGGGUCUUCGGGGUAUCGCUAUGGACGCAACGUGACCCCCGACCUCCAGUUAGCAGCUGAAUACGCUGCCAAGGCCGUUUCCGAGAGACGGAGCCUCGCUGAGCAGAGAGGGGGGGGAAGUGAGCAGCGGGGGGACUCGGCAGGUGGAGACAGCCCCAAGGAUGAAUCCAAACCACCGUAUUCCUACGCACAGCUGAUCGUCCAGGCCAUCUCCUCGGCCCUGGACAAACAGUUGACUCUUAGUGGCAUCUACGCCCACAUCACUAAACACUACCCCUACUACCGCACUGCAGACAAGGGCUGGCAGAACUCAAUCAGACACAACCUGUCCCUCAACCGCUACUUCCUGAAAGUGGCCCGCUCUCAGGACGAGCCUGGGAAAGGCAGUUUCUGGCGCGUGGAUUCCGCCUCCGAGAGCAAGUUGGUGGAGCAGGCCUUCAGGAAAAGACGGCAAAGGGGGGUGGCUUGCUUUAGGACGCCAUUCGGACCUCUCUCUUCUCGGAGUGCCCCUGCCUCCCCGACCCACCAGGGGCUUCUCUCUCCUCCAUCCAGUGGACUUCAGACCCCGGAGUGUAUGAGCAGGGAGGGCUCUCCUAUCCCCCACGACCACCACGAACAGCUGGCUCACAAACUGGCGUCUGUACCUGAGUACAGGUACUCCCAGAGCGCUCCAGGAUCUCCUGUCCACACGCAGCCGGUCAUCAUGGCAGCGCCCCCCCACCAGACCCUCCUGUCCACAGGAGCAGGAAAGACCCUGGCUCUGGUCCCAGGCGGCGGCGGACAGCCCAUCCACUUGCUCCAGAGCGUCCCUCAGUCGGCUGUCACCAUGAUGCGGUUGGUCACCAGUGCCCAUCCACUCUCCAACCCCCCGAACGGUUACAGUGCCCCCUCUGGUGGAGGAGCAGAGGCUGAGCUCAGAGACGCCCAGAUGAACAGAGAGCGGGUGAUCCAGACCGUGGACAGCGCCGUGCAGGGCGGAGACGGACAUGGACGGAUCCUGACUCCAGGUCUACAUCAACUUCCUGUUCGGGCUGUUACUCAGAAUGGCAAACACACCACUGUAGCCACGGCAACCAGCCUUGCUAAUGCAUCUGGGCUCAGCAGUCCUCUCCAGAUGCUGGCCACCCAGGCCUCCAGCUCCCCCCCAGUGCUCCUGAGCCGGCAGCCCAGCGCGGACACUUUAGCCGAGCAGCCGGGCGGCCCCCAGGCCAAGCGGCUGAAGAUGGAGGACGACGGCGGAACCGAGUCCGUGCAGCAUCAAGUCACGUCUGCCCAGCAGCCCGUCAUCGUCGCCAUGACAUCGCAAACCCACGACCCCAGGAAGUAAAACGCAGGCGUCCGUACCAGGUACCCAGUGGACAGCCUCUCCUAACGUUUCACCUUUUAUACUACAUAUGAUAUGACUGCAGCCGACAUGGCCAAAAAAUGUACACGCAGCUCUCUCUCCACCGAAGGGAAUUCAAUUGUAAGGAACAUGCGCUGUUCGACAGUAGAUGAAAAACCUUCUCAUACAUUCUCAAUUUGACAGUAAGCGGAUAUUUCAGGGCUUUUUUCAGCUUUACACUCUUUUAUAAACGUAAUCCACCAUUCACAAACAAGUCAGGACUUUAAUCAUGUGAGAGCAUUAUGCAUAGUAAAAAUCAUUUUAGCACUACUUCCACUUAUGUGAAUGUUGGAGAAAUAUCUCCGGAACGACCUUUACUCUCGUCGAUGGAUCAGAUCCGUCGGUUAUUAUCGCUCUCAGGCCAAAGAACUCAGCUCUGCUGCACGUCUGCUCAGAGCCGCUGCCUGAUUCCAAAGCAGGAAACGUGCUCGGAGAUUCCCCCCCCCCCCCCGGCCUGUAUUUACAGAAGAAACUGUGACGAUUGGAGUUGAAACAUAUCUUAACGCAGAUGUGGAUAGAAAGAUAACCGCAGACCAGGUUGACUCGGGGCUUUGGAGGCUUUAGAGGAUAUGAUCGUACUCUUGGAAAAAGGUGAGACGGAAGAAAAUCCCAACUGGUCGUCUCUUGUCAGAUAAAGAGAGAAAUGUUUAAUAUUAAAGCCAAGACCAGAACAUGAGGCGUCUCCUCCCUUCGUCUUCUCUGUAAAGCACAAAGAGAGAGAGAGAGAGAGAGAGAGAGAGAGAGAGUGUGUGGUGUCGUUUUUUCUUUUUCAAGAGGAGACGGAGAAAAUCCAGGAAUAACAAACCAGGACUUGAGCUUCACUUCAGCUCGGUUUGGAUCCUCAGAUCCGUCGUGACCCGGGCGACUCGGCAGGUCACAGCAGGAACGAGCAAAAAUAAAUUAAAAAAAAAAUGAAAAAUAAAAAAGAGGCAACUAUUUGGAGCUGAUUGAAGUGGAGCUAACCUAAUGUAGACAAACUGAUUGUUGUUUUAAUUUUUUUUUUUCUUGUUUCAGUAGUGGUGAAAGGACAAAUGAAACGGCGCGUGCCUACUGUUCUGUCUCGGCACAGCAAAGCAUUAUUGUAAUAAUCCUUAAAAGCCUUAAAUAUUUCUACAUUUUUCCUUUUUUCUCGUCAUUUUAUUUUAACCUUUAGAAAAGCUUUACCUUUUUUUAGAUUAACACGGCGCUUCUUUAACAGUACACGAUCGGCAACACUACAACGGUGACAGUUCACGUACUUUGGCAGACCUGGGAUUCCUUUUUAUCGGGACGGGCGGGACCAACAAAUGUGGACAAACAUUUCCAUCUGUUUUUCUUGUCUGUUGUUUUUCUUUCUUUAUGGUACAUUUCACAGCCUCUUUGAUCUUUCCCGCUUUCGAGUUCCGCUGUUUUCUUUUUCUCUCUUUCUCCCAAAUCUACCUCUCUUUGGUAUUGGGGCCAUUUUGAAGAAAAAAACGAAUUCUGAGAUUCUGACAAGAAAAGUUGUACAUGAGAAGAAAGUCGUAAUUCAAUGAGAAGUCAUAUUGUGAGAAUUAAAUAAAAAAAUGUUUUUGAGGAGAUGGAGCUCACUGGAGUUUCUCCCCCCCCCCCCGAUCUAGAAUCCUUGAGGCAAUCUCACGCAAACAUUUCCUUCUCCACAAGAGACAAUUAUCUCCCGGUCUGAGUGAUUCCUUCUUCAGAGUAGACUUAGUUACUUGCUCAAACUUUUCAAAGUCCCGAUAAUGAGCAGAUGAGCCCAAAGUGUAAGUAUUAUCUUAUUUAUGAAACCUGCAAAGUAUAAUCUCUGCAAGAGUUUGACUUUUUUCCCUCAGAAUGUAACUUCAUUCUCCUAAAUUUACAACUUCAUUCUCGUAUAUUUAUGCCUCUUUUCCCUCAUUGUUACAACUUAUUCCCGUGACUUAAUUCUCAUAAUAUAUCAACUUUAUUCAUUUCAGAUUCUUAUUUUUUAUUUUUAACCCUUAAAGUGGCCCUAAUACUCGUCACCUCUCCCCUUGUCCCCAGCGAGCAGUCUCCAUUUUUUCAGUCGACAGAGGCAUCGAGCUGUUGGCAGUUCCUGUCACAGACAUGGCUCUAAUAAGACAUUCAUCAGCACUUCCCCCCCUCCACCCCACAUCCCCCAUCUCUCUCUCCAUCCUCUCGUUCUCACUCUGCCUUUAGCUUCUCUCCGAAUGUCCUCCCAGAGGCCUCUCAUGUUCAGCUGGUAAUCAGGCACAAAGAUUUCAGUGAUUGUUGUUGCACAUUAGAAAGAAAAGACAAACAAAAAAGAUGCGUAAUGAUUGUAUGCUGCUCUAUCUGCUAAAUGACAAAGCUUAUCUAGAAGGUAUUUUUUCUCAUUUUGGAAAAAAAAAGAAAUAUUUUGCUAUAUAUAUAUAUAUAUAUAUAUAAAUAUAUAUUAAAAAAAAAGAAACAGCCGCAUCAAUACGCAAACAUUCUGGAAAAUAGAGAAGUAUAUGUAUUUUUAAUUGUUCCUGUUUUUGUGAUUUGUUUAAAAUGUUUAGCACAAAUUAAAAUUCCUCUUUGACGUAAA